AUGGAGGAACUGAGUAGUCUCGUCGAUGCUAUCUUUGCUCUCUUUGUCACUUCAAAUGGCCCCUAUGUCGUGGAUCAUGAUUCAUCUGAGGGAGUUGCUGAGGUUUCCGGCGAGUGGGUUCAGUGUGGGGCCGAUGGCGGAAGACAUUUACGAUUGGCAAACAACGCUGUUGGGCCCCCUAGAAGUCCAUACGAAGGGGGCCUCUUCUUCAUCUCCAUCUAUUUCCCACCGGAGUACCCCUUCAGGCCACCGAGGGUGUUGUGGAAGACGCCGAUUCUGCACCCCAACAUCGACAAACCCCGCGUCUUCUAUCCACUACUCGUCACCGCUACCUGGAGGGUUGGAACGACAGUGAAGGAACUCCUCCAAGCGCUCCAUGACAUGCUGCUUCACCCUAUGAUGGAGGAAGACGACCACUUCCUCAAAGACGUCGCCAACAUGUGCGUCUUGGAGCCAGAGAGGUUCGAGAAGGAAGCCCGCUUGAUGACCGAGGCACACACCAUAAAUUAA